GUGGGAGCUUUCGCGCGAAGGAAGUAGCUCUCCGCUCGCACCGCGCUAGGGCAAUAAUAAUCUCGCGAGGCACAUUUCAGGUAUGGCGCUAGGGUUUUAGGCAAUUCUCUUCUACAGAGGCGCUAGAGAUUCUCGCCAGAGCCACGAUUCAUGGCGUCUUUAGCUGAGAGGAUAGCUUCCGCGUGCCUAGCAGUUCUUACGAUUGCGCCGCUCGUCGUCAACGUAAAUCCCAACGCUAACGUGAUUCUUACCGCCUGUCUGACUGUUUUCAUCGGUUGUCAUCGAUCCGUCAAGCCGGCUCCGCCCGUGGAAACUCUUUCCAAGGGACAUGCCAUACGCUUCCCUUUCGUCGGCAGUGCCGUCCUAUGCUCUUUGUUUCUUCUCUUCAAAUUUAUUCCCAAGGAGCUGAUCAAUGGGAUACUCACGCUCUACUUCGUGGUUCUCGGAGUUCUUGCUCUAACUGCUACCAUCUGGCCAGAUGUCAAAGAUUUCAUUCCAAAGGCCUGGGACGAGAAAGAGAUUUCUUUACAUCUUCCGUAUUUCACCAAUGUUGGUGUGGAGUUUACUCUUGCCCAGCUGUUUGUAUCCAUUCCGGGAAUUUGCUUUUGUGCUUGGUAUGCUCUACGAAAACACUGGCUGGCGAACAACACCCUCGGACUGGCAUUCUCGAUACAGGGAAUCGAGAUGCUGUCUCUAGGCUCAUUCAAGAUCGGGGCGAUUCUUCUGGCCGGGCUAUUCGUAUAUGACAUCUUCUGGGUAUUCUUCACUCCUGUGAUGGUCACCGUUGCGAAGUCCUUUGAUGCUCCCAUCAAGCUAAUCUUCCCGACUGGCUCUUCGAGCAAACCGUUCUCUAUGCUGGGUCUCGGCGACAUAGUAAUCCCAGGAAUUUUUGUUGCACUGGCUCUGCGAUUCGAUGUGUCUCGGGGCACUGGAAAGCGCUACUUCACCAGUGCGUUUAUGGGCUAUAUAACUGGAAUCGUGGCCACCAUAAUCGUCAUGAACGUGUUUCAAGCUGCUCAGCCUGCAUUGCUCUACAUUGUACCGUGCGUGACGGGCUUCUUGGCCGUUCACUGCCUUGCGAAAGGGGAGAUCAAACCGCUCCUUGAAUUCGAUGAGGCUGCCACAAAACGAGCUCUCGAAGAAGCAACGAGCUCGGAGGAAACCACUGAAUCCACCAAAAAGGAUGACUAACAACGGUAAAUUUUUGUAUCGCCAAGAACAACUCAAAACAUUUAAAAAAAGUUUGGAAAUUUUGGCA